AUGUAUUAUACAAUGCUAUGCCCAACUAUACCCCUGCUCUUCCAUUAUUUGUGUAUCAACCGUGCUAACCGACAACCAUGGGAUGUUCUUUCCAUCGCUAAGGGUUGCAUUGUAGAGUUUCUCGAAUCCUCUCCCCCAGCUCCAGUGGGAGUCUGUCUAGCGGCAUUGAAGUUCGCUCAACACGUAAUCUUGGUCCAGACACGGGGUGUUAGCGACCCUCAAUUGCAAAACAAAGCGGACCCAAACGUUUCGCUCAUCCCCUCAGAUCACCCAUUCAUUAAUGCUAUUGCCCUUGAAGCCGAGGGAACGCAAUUACUCACACUCAUUACGACAAUUCUUGAUAGUUCUUCGGACUCCGACUCAGUAUCCACCGUCAUCAACUCCUUCGGCACACUCGCAAAGGCCCAUCCACAACUUCUCCAGUUUAUUAUUGAAGCCACCUCCAAAUGGAGUCCUGCUAAGUUAGCUGGUCAAUCCACUAUCAAGAUCCGGAGUGCAGAGAAGUCUAUAUUUAUUCUCCUCAACUAUCUGUUAAAGUAUGCACUCCGCAGUGACUUCGUCGUCAAGUUGAAAUCUCUGAGAAUGUGCUCCUGCAGGUUAGCCUUGGAGCGAAUCUCUGAGCAUAUCAAGCAAAUAAUUCAUGCUGAAUAUGGCCGUCAACGGCUGUGGCAGAAGCAGAACGUAGACGAAGAGGGCUGCAUCGAUGCCUUUCGCAUCUUGCACCCAAAGCGCAUAAAGCUGGAACUCAGCGGUCCUGACACAUCCUCUGCAGUUUCUGCACUUGCCAAUUUCAAUUUUCAGGACUCAUCCACCGAACUAGUUACAGCCAAAUCCAGCCAUGCAACUGUGGCUACAUCAAAACCAUCAACCGAGGAAGCACCAUGGAAGUCCGAUGUGGAUGAUGAGGAGAUGUACUCGGACAUCGCGAGCUUGACAAGAGCUGGUCGUGUCCUUUCUACCCAGUCAGCAGAGGUGUUGCAGGUGGCUCAAACCAUUGACGAUUCCGCUGAGGCCGACGAGCUAGCCCUUCAGCUACAAAGCACCGCAUUCGAUCCACCGCUGCCCCAAGAACUUGAUAUCAUACAGGCAGAAUCCUUCAUACGCUCUGCAAGGUUCAUAUCUCAAAGACUGCUGGAACUAGGGGCGAGCAAUGAUGGAUUAUUGAGACCAAUACCAUCGGACAAAAUGUGGAUUUUGCUGUUUGUGCAAACUGUCAUGCAUGGUCAACGAAGUUCUAUCGGCACUCUGGCAACAGGGGAUUUGGGCACACAAGGGAGGGAUAAGCAAGACAGUGCAGUCGACUAG